UGCAAGUGUAAGAUUGUCCACUUUCAUUAACAUUUUAGGUCAAUUAAAAUGUUAAAUGUUUUUAUUAUACUCGGAGAUAAUGAACGUUAGUUUCGAAACUUAACGUCCCGAUAAAAAUUUCAAAUUAUCUACAAGCCGUACUAUCGCAUCAAAUUCGUUGGGUGUCCAUCCGUAGUGAACAACAAUUUGUUAAAAUCGUUAAUUGAAAGGCGUCGAUAUUAUUAGUCUGGACCAUUAGUUUCGCAUCGAAAGCUCAAAAAGGCUGAAGUUUCUCUAAAAAUGUCGAUUAUAGUCACUCAGGACCGCGACGAGGUUAUAACCAAGUUGACCCAGCUGAUAGCGCACACUGCCAAUGUUAGCAUCGAGAAAAACGGUACUUUCUACCUUGGCGUUUCAGGGGGGUCUGUAGCAACUUUCUUAUCAAUUGGCUUGCCCAAAAUAACAACAGACUUUGAAAAAUGGAAAAUAUUCUUCUGCGACGAAAGAUUAGUGCCUGUAGACAACCCAGACUCAACUUUUGGAUUCUACAAAAAACACCUCAUUGGUGCUAGCAACAUAGCUUUAAAAGAAAGCAAUUUCGUGCAGGUUCUACAAGGAGUAACAGCUACUGAGGCAGCUUCAGACUAUGCGAGAAAAAUCGCGGAAUGUUUCCCAAAUAACGACCCCAAGUUCGACAUGCUCUUAUUGGGUAUGGGACCAGAUGGUCACACUUGUUCCCUAUUUCCCGGCCAUCCACUGUCUGAGGAUACCACUAGAUUAGUGGCAGCUAUAACUGACUCACCUAAGCCCCCUGCAGAAAGGAUCACAAUGACGUUUAGGGUUAUAAAUAAGGCCAAAAACUGCGUUUUCGCCAUGUGUGGGAAAGAAAAGGCAGAUAUGGUCAAGAGAAUUUUGGUAGACAAAGAAGAUUUGCCUUCAACUAGAGUAAAACCAACAUCAGGAGAGCUCUUCUGGAUUGUAGACAAGGAAGCGGCACAAUUCUUAGACAAUAAUUAA